UCUUUUCUAUAUAUGAGGGCAACUGACCAGACAACUGGAUCAUUUCAAACCUUUCCAAGAGAGACAGAGAGAGAAAACUGACAGAGCCAUACAACAUGCAAGUGAAAACGCACUCAAGAAACCUCAACGGGAACAAGAGGUCCUUUAGAGGAGGAGCUGCGCAGAGCAACAUGAUAAAGGCCACAAACCUGCACAGGAGGUGUUGUUGGAGUUUGUCCACCUCCGAACUCCAACAAGAUGUGCAUCAGCUCAAUCAGAUGCUGAUUAGAGAGAAGGACCAAGGCUAUAGAGAGAAGAUGGAGAGGAUGCUCAAGAGUAAAGACUUGGAUAUCACCAAGAAACAACUGAAGAAAGAGAGACAACUCAAAAUGACAUUCAUCAACAGGUGCAAAUAUCUGGAGGGACUCCUGGGUGACAACACAGGAGAGAAUUCUCUCAUGCACUUGGGGAACACCAACAAAAUAAAGAAGACCUCCAAUGGCUUUGAAGCAAUGCAAGAAGACCCCUUGACCAGCAAUAAGGUCUUAGCAGAUCUCCAGGCAGAGGUGAACAAGAACAAACUACUGCAAGAAGAACUGGACAAGGUCAAAGCUGCUCACCAUGAGAUGGGUGUCAGGUACAAAGAUGACAUGCUCAGUGCUAUGCAGAUGAUGAAGACCCUCAAAUGUGAAAUUCAGUUACAAAUGGAGGUGCACGCUGACCUGGUGCAAGACCAUGCUGACUUAACAUCUCUAACAUUGGAUAAUACUCUCUGUCAAGAGAUGUUAGAGGAGAACAAGGGGCUUCACGCUGAGAUCCAAAGUACCAGGCAGCAGAUGGAGACCCUUCAGUGUGAGCUUCAGAAGAUCCAGACUCAAGCUGACAACGUGUCUCAUGACAACGAUGCCCUCGCAGCUUUGACAGUGGAGCACAAAGCAAUCUGUGAGGAAAUGGCAGAGGUGAAACAGAGCUAUGAAAACGACAUGAUCAGUGCUAGGCAAAUGGUGGAAGCCCUUCAGCUUGAGCUUCAAGAACAAAGGCAGGCUCAAGCUGACAAAGUGUCCUCAGAGCAGUCCGUCAUCAUGACCUUAAAGGCUGAACACCAUGCCACAUGUCAGAAGAUGGCUGACCUGCAGAAGAGUGCCCUCCAAAAAGAGCAGACAAUGGUGAAAGAGCUGGAGAGAGUCAACACUCAGCUUGAUGCCCAGAAAGACUACGAGGAGCUCAAAGAGCUGAAGACCACGGGCGUGGGGGUUUUCAGAGCAGCAAUUCUGGAGGAGAGGAACAAAGUCAGCAAACUCCUAGAGUACCUGGAGAGGUACGAAGCGACACACCAGGAGCUGAAUGACAAGUACACAUCUGAAGUACUUAGUUUCCGACAGCAGGCUGAGAACCAGAAGCAGAAGUUUGAAACCGAGACAAAAUCUUACUCUGACAAGCUGACACAAAGCCAACAGCACAUCUCCCACCUGAGGGCCGAACAGGACGCCCUACGCCAGCACUGCCAACAGAUGGAGAGCUUCUACCUGAGGAAGAUGAAUGAGUUGGGCUCUCAGCUCCAACUUAAAACUGAGCCAUGACUUUGGGUUUACUCCCAAACAUCACAACAAUAAAAAUAUAAAAUGCAUAUAAAGUUA